AUUUUUAUAUUCUGGGUGUCGCUGGAAUCUCAGAAGAGAAGGGCAAGAAGUUGUUCAAUUGGGUUCUGUUUCUGCAACAUUUGCCAUUCUGGAUCUGAGAAGAGGGAUGAGUUUGAGUUAGUUCAUUUAAGGUGCUUGUGAAGGGGUUGGGGGUCAAGAAGAUGGAGACAUAGUUGUGGGUUUGUCUCAACAGAGUCUUCUGAGAUAAUGCUUUCUAUUCAGAAGUGGAAAUGUUCAUGGUCUCAGAUAGCAACGAUUGCUUCUAUUGUGGCAUUGGCCUCGAUAAUAUUGGGUUCGAUAGUUCAUCUGUUCUGGUUUCCGUUGGUUCCUUCUUUCAAUUACUUCAGUCAAGCUCAGAACUCUUGUGUCCCAAUUAAUGGAUCAGCUGAAGCAGUUGUUGAUAAUGUUAAGGGAAAUUUUAAACCACCUAUUGACCUAGAUCGACAGUUUCCAUCUGACUUGCACAAGGCAGUUGUUUUCCGCGGUGCACCAUGGAAGGCUGAGAUUGGCCGGUGGCUUUCUGGUUGUGAUCCAAUUUCUGAUGAAGUCAACAUCGUUGAGGUAAUAGGUGGCAGUGGCUGCAAAAAUGACUGCAGUGGUCAAGGCGUCUGUAAUCGCGAAUUGGGACAAUGUCGGUGCUUUCAUGGAUACAGUGGGGACGGAUGCUCUGAGAGACUGCAGCUGGAAUGCAACUACCCAGGAUCACCAGACCAACCAUAUGGGAGAUGGGUUGUCUCCAUUUGCUCUGCGCAUUGUGACACAACAAGAGCAUUUUGCUUCUGUGGGGAAGGCACAAAAUACCCAAAUCGACCUGUGGCAGAGGCAUGUGGCUUUCAAGUGCAGUUACCCUCUGAACCUGGUGCACCUAAACUGACUGAUUGGGCGAAAGCUGACCUGGAUAAUGUUUUCACAACUAAUGGUAGCAAACCAGGAUGGUGUGAUUGUUUCUGGGGGCGGUUCUGUGAAGUGCCUGUGCUAUGCACUUGUAUUAAUCAAUGCUCGGGGCAUGGGCAUUGCCGUGGUGGAUUUUGUCAGUGUGACAAUGGCUGGUAUGGAAUAGAUUGCAGCAUUCCCUCUGUUGCAUCAUCAGUUAGAGAGUGGCCUCAAUGGCUUCGGCCUGCUCAGGUUGAUGUUCCUGAUAGUUCACAUCUCCCAGGGAAAGUUGUCAACCUCAAUGCUGUUGUGAAAAAGAAAAGGCCCCUUAUAUAUGUUUAUGAUUUGCCUCCAGAUUUCAACAGCCUACUUCUCGAGGGGCGUCACUUUAGGUUAGAGUGUGUGAACCGAAUCUAUGAUGGCAAAAAUUCAACACUGUGGACAGAUCAACUGUAUGGUGCCCAGGUUGCACUUUAUGAAAGUAUCUUGGCUAGUCCAUAUCGUACAUUAAAUGGUGAAGAAGCAGAUUUCUUCUUCGUUCCUGUUCUUGAUUCAUGCAUUAUAACUCGUGCUGAUGAUGCUCCUCAUUUGAGUAUGCAGGAGCACAAGGGCUUGAGGAGCUCUCUCACUCUGGAAUAUUAUAGGAAGGCUUAUGAUCACAUUGUUGAACAGUAUCCCUUCUGGAACCGCUCAUCUGGAAGAGACCAUAUUUGGUUUUUUUCAUGGGAUGAAGGUGCUUGCUAUGCUCCCAAGGAGAUAUGGAAUAGCAUGAUGUUGGUUCACUGGGGAAAUACAAACUCAAAACAUAAGCAUUCAACAACAGCCUAUUGGGCUGACAACUGGGAUGCCAUUCCUUAUGAUAAAAGGGGUAACCAUCCCUGCUUUGACCCUGAUAAAGAUCUUGUACUUCCUUCCUGGAAAAGUCCUGAUGUCAACUCCUUGAGCUCAAAACUUUGGGCUAGAUCCCAUGACAAACGGAAAACACUGUUCUACUUCAAUGGAAAUCUGGGACCAGCUUACCCAAAUGGAAGACCAGAAGCUUUCUAUAGCAUGGGCAUCAGACAGAAGCUGGCAGAAGAAUUUGGUUCAAGCCCUAACAAGGAAGGGAAACUUGGAAAACAACAUGCAGAAGAUGUGAUUGUUACCCCGCUACGGUCUGAAAACUAUCACGGGGAUUUAGCCAGUUCUAUCUUCUGCGGGGUAUUUCCCGGAGAUGGUUGGAGUGGUCGUAUGGAAGACAGUAUUUUACAAGGGUGCAUUCCUGUUGUCAUUCAGGAUGGAAUUUUCCUGCCAUAUGAAAAUGUGCUCAACUAUGAUAGUUUUGCUGUUCGGAUACGUGAAGACGAAAUUCCAGAUUUGAUAAAUAUUCUUCGGGCAUAUAAUGAGACAGAAAUAAAGUUCAGGCUAGCAAAUGUGCAGAAAAUUUGGCAGAGGUUUUUGUAUCGUGAUUCUAUUAUGCUCGAAGCUGAGAGGCAAAAAACUGAUUUUGGCCAUAUGGCAGAUUGGGCAGCUCAGUUCUCACAAUUGAUUGAAGAUGAUGUUGUUGCAACAUUUGUACAGGUUUUGCAUUACAAGUUGCAUAACGACCCUUGGAGGCAACACGUUCAUGUUAAAAAGGAGUUCGGGUUACCUCGAGAAUGUUUGUUUAAAGGCAACUGAGGAAAUGUGCUUACUGCUAAACUAAUUUGAACACCUUAAGGGCUCACUAGGUUACAGGAAGCAAGCAUGGCAAGUUGUCAUUCAAACGAGAACCUCACCACAUGGCAGUAUCCAGUUAGAUAGGACUUGAAAGCCAGCCAGCCAGCCAGGUGUUCUCACUUCUACUCCUCCCUCUUCUCGCCAAUUUUGGACCCAAAUCUUUGAAAUUUGGGUAUAGGUCUUUUGUCCAAAUGGAAUGACCUUAAUUUAUCUUUCUUAUAUUUUGUUUACUGUGAAUGGUGACUUGUAACUGAAGUACUAGGCAGAUACUGUCUGUGAUGCAUGUGGGCCCUACUGUGGGGCUCAUAUUCAUCUCGGUUGGAAGUCCUUAUUACGCGGAGACGAAGAUAGGUAUUCUUUCUGUUUUCUAAGUUAUCUUACAUACUAAUAUUUACAUGUGAAAUUCAAUAUACAUGUGAGAUUCAUAUUUGCCUUUUGUUUAAGGCCGUAGUGGAGGACUUGGUUCAAACUUGUUGUAACUUUUGUUCAAUUUGCUUAUAAAUUAUAACAAAGCUCCACUAACAACUGUCGGACACGGACGGUGGUGGAAUUAUGUGCAUGAUUAUAGUAAUGAAUUUGUGAUGUGAUGAUUCAUAUUUGCCUUUUGUUUAAGGCCAUAGUGGAGGACUUGGUUCAAA